GUAAAUUAAAAGUACUUGAAAUAUGCUGCUUUUACAUUUAAAUAUAGUUUGGUUUUCACUAAUACAAAAGAACGUAAUUUAUAAGAUUUCGUUGUAUGUAACUUAACAGAAAGCAUAUUAUUGAUGAAGGAAUGUAUUAUUCACAAUUAUAUGGCAGAAUAUUUAUUUAAUCAAUUGAAUCUUUUUGACUUCAUAACACUUACACUGGAAUUUGAGAACAAAGAAAUUUUAAUUAUUCGUCUUAUAAUAUUAAUUUUAACUGUCAAGAUGCUUUAUACAACAUCAUUAAUGAAAGUGAUUCCACAGACUCCUAAAAAUAUUGAAUCAGAUAAAUUCAUAUUUUCUUCAACUCCAGAAAUUUCACAUGGAACAAAUCGAAGUCGUGAUUUUUUCGGUUUAAUAAAGAGGCGUCCAACUAAUGAAAAAAGUAUUUAUUCACGUCAUCCACUGUAUCAUCAUGCUCCACAUUGUCGUCAUCAACAGCAACAUCAACGUUAUCAUAGUCAUCUACGUAAACAAUGUCCAUAUCGAUGUAUAACUCAUAAACCUAGUACAUCAAAAUCUCAAAUGGCAAUUCACAAAUCAAUAAGUAAGCAACUUUCUUUACCAGUUGAAUAUACAGAUGAGCAAAAAUCAUUUUAUUCUUCUACUGGAUUAUUACAGACUCAUUCUAUUUUGGAUGAUGAUAUUGAGUCUGGAUUAAAUAUACAUGACGAUGAUUUGCAUUCCUGUGUAAGUAUACAUAAAUCCAAUAUAACAAUUGAGAGACCGAAUUCCUAUCACUCAGGUAGUUCUUCUACUUCUUUAGCCUCAUGUUUAAGAUGCCUAAAUUCAGGCCAAACUGUAUCAUCUCAUACAAAAGCUGUUGAUGAAAUAAACUAUGAUUCAGAACCACAAUGUUCACGUAAUUCUGUUACAUCAAAUAUAUCAAAGUUAAAAUAUUUUGAUGAUACAGAUACAAGUAAUUUAUUUGUAAAUGUACAGAAAGAUACAUUUAAAGAUCGUCUACUUUAUUUUCCUACAAUAAGUAAUCAAUUAUUGUUGACAAAUCCUACUAAACGUCCAUUUUAUUCUAAUCAUAAUAAUUCUGAUGAGAUUGAAAAAUAUGAUAGUACUAGUGCAAUUGAUGCUAAAUUUUCACUACCAAAAAAAGAAUUGAAAUUUGCUGUACCAGAAUUUUUAAUGCCCAUUAUAGAUCGUCGUACAUCAUCACAAAUAUUUAAUGUUAAACAAAUAUCGGCAUCAACAUUAAAUAUUGAAAAUAAAUUGUUGAAAAGACGAAAAACUAUUAAAGAACGUUUCAAACAAUUACACAGUGAUUAUGAUGGUAGUAAAUUUUGGAAUAAAUUAAAUAAAAAUUUUAAAAUGAAUAAAGUUAAAAACUUGUCCAAUACUAGAUCAAGAUCAAGUAUGGCUAUUUCCAUGGAUUAUACACAUCAUAAAGAUUCUGUUUCACGAUCUAGUAUUACAUCAUGUGAUGAUUGUAGACGUAUUACCAUUAAUGUAAGUGGUUUAAAAUUUGAAACAUGGCUAACUGUACUUGAACGUCAUCCAACCACUUUAUUAGGUGAUUACAAUAAACGUAAACCAUUCUAUGAUGAAUAUCGUAAAGAAUAUUUUUUCGAUAGGCAUAGGCCUAGUUUUGAAGCAAUAUUUAAUUAUUAUCAAUAUGGUGGUCGAUUAAAACGACCAGCUACAGUAUCUGAUGAUGUCUUUCUUACUGAAUUAGAAUUUUUUCAAAUUGAAUCUGAAGCAUUAGAUGUAUAUAAAAAAAAUGAAGGUUAUGUACCGGAUAUUAUUGUUUUACCAGAAAAUUUAAUAAAACGUAAAUUAUGGAUGUUAUUUGAAUAUCCAGAAACAUCUAUCUUAGCAUUUACCUUUUCAAUGGCAUCAUUUAUUUUUACUGUUAUUUCUAUUAUAUUAUUUUGUAUUGAAACAUUACCAGUAUAUGCUCAAACACAUUGUGAACCUGGAACAAAACCAAAUUUUCGUGAUCCAUUUUUUAUUAUUGAAACAUUAUGCACAUUUUGGUUUACUAUAGAAAUUUUUAUACGUUUUAUUAGUUGUCCAAGUCAAAAAAUAUUUAUUAAAGAUAUUAAAAAUUUAAUUGAUCUAGCUGCAAUUGUACCAUAUUAUAUAACAUUAUUCAAUGUUUUAAUAACAUUUAGUUGUGAAGGUGCAAAAAAUAGUGCUAGUUUAGCAUUUCUACGUGUAAUACGUUUAAUUCGAGUAUUUAAAUUAACUAAACAUUCAUCUGGUUUACAAGUACUUGUAUUAACUUUUAAAGAAAGUAUUGAAGGAUUAAGUUUAUUUCUUGUUGCAUUUAUUGUUUGUAUAUUAGUAUUUUCUAGUACAAUUUAUUAUGUAGAAAUUGAUAGAAAAGGUUCACAAAUUGAAAGUAUACCAGAUGCAUUUUGGUGGGCUGUCAUUACAAUGUGUACUGUUGGUUAUGGUGAUAAAGUACCAAAAGGACCAUUAGGAAAAGUUGUUGGUAGUGUAUGCGCUGUAGCUGGUGUAUUAACAUUAGCUAUACCAGUACCAAUUAUUACAGAAAAUUUCAAUAAAUUUUAUGCUCAUAAAACCGGUCGUGGUAGAAGAUGAAUGAAUUUAGCAUAAUCUUUUUUCUUUAUAUUUCAUUCAAUUAAUACAAAUCAUUUAUAGAUAACCUUACCAUUCAUAAUUUUAUCAAAUUAGUUGUAUCAUUUUCAUUCAUGUAACCUUAUUGUUACUAACAGUCUGUCUUUGACGAUUAAUUUCUUUUUUGUUUUGUUUUUAAAUAUUAAAUCAAUCAGUUACAAUUCCAUAAAUACACAUUCAAAGUAUCAUUUCAUGUUUACAAAACGUCAACACUAUUCCUCAGUUUGUUACUAUUAUUUCUACAAAUGAAUAAGAUAGUCAUAAUAACUAAGAUAUAAUUCAAUUUGAAUUUACUUUUCUUUUCUAUCACUUCAAUAAGUAGUAUUUUUUGUUGUUGAAUAAUUCAUGUAUAGAAUUUCAAACUGCGAAUAACCUUCUAGCUUUCUUAACCCAAAAACAAACAUUUGUACACAUUUAUUACAUAAUAUCAUAAAUCAAUGUAAACAUUAUGUAAUAUAGUAUUCAUUAGAAAACAGAUUGAAUAGUAUAGAUUCAUUGUAAAUGAUUACAGCACUUAUUAUAUAUACAUACAACAAAUUAUAUUUUUAUAAUGAUGAAACUGUUAUAGAUAAACUUGUAUUGUACCAUAAAUAAUACUCAAGUUUAUCUUAUGAAAUAAUGUUUUUUUAUUUGAAAAUAAAUGAUUACAUAACUUCUUCA